AAGAGAGUAGACAGAGAGAGCAGAGAAAACAGGAGGGGUGAUGGCCAGAAAAGGAAGGUUACAUCAAUGGUGAAAGGAAUUUUCUGUUCAGAAAAGCUUGCCGAUGAUUCUGACAUUCCUGCUCCGUCGAAUAUGGGAUCACUUAAAGCUGAAGGACUUUGUCACGCACAAUUGUCAAGCGGUAAAUUAGGUUUGAAAGACGAAUCUGUGAAAUGCAACUCAUGUGCUCCUUUAUGUUCGCCACAUGUGCAUUCUGAAGAAAUGGCAACAAAGACCAAUGGGUUUGCAGGUGAAGCUUGUCGGAGAAAGCGAAGUAAUGUUUGCUCUUUUAAUGAUGCUGAUUUGUCAUCUCCUCGGGUAAAUAGUCCAUGCAAUGGACAUCAUAAAAGCAGUGUGGCAAGCCACCCUCUCAGUGCAUGUUUGAGUCAUGAAUCCUCUGAAAAUGCAGAGAGUGGAGAAACAUGCUGUGAUUGUAACACUUCGGAAGGUAUUAAGAGGACUAUAAAACCAAACCUGAAUCAGACCAGUGCAAAAAACUGCACUUCAUUAAAAGCAUCAAUCUUUCAUGAUAAGGUAGUCUCGAAUCAGCUUGAGAAGCAGGCCUCGGAGUGCCUUGGAGAUAACAUCUCCUAUAUUUGUGGGUCUGAACAUGUGAAGACAAGGGCUGGCGACUGUAACAGUGAUGCAAACAAGAAAAAUGCAUCUUGUAGCUCUGCUUCAAUCAAUAGUUUUUCUGAGAUUGAAAGUGCUUCUUGUUGUAUAGUUGGUGGUCCUUGUGGAAAGAAGUCAAAUAGAUUAUGCAAUGAGUCUUCUCGGGAGAUUUUAUGUUGUUCAAAUAAAUCAGACUUUUCUGAAAUUUCAUCAUUACGAGAUUCCCGUGCUGGUGCUAGCUCAGCAAAGGGAGAACACUCUGAGUGCUCUGUGGAACAAGUGCAAUCUUUUGCAAGAGCAGAUGCGGUACAGGUUGGCAGUCAGAUUGGUGGCGAACAUAACUCUGCCGACUCUAUGCAAGUUGAUACCAGAAUAAAUGAAAGAGAACAAACAGAUGAAGUAAAGUUGACUACAGUGGUUAAGAAAGUCAAUACGGAGGAAACUACUAUUGGAUCCUGGCCAGCUUCUUGCAGUGAUGGACCAGACAGCAUAGAGUACGAUGUAAAAGUUUGUGAUAUAUGUGGUGACAUAGGACGAGAGGAGUUGCUUGCUGUUUGUAGCAAGUGUAAUGAUGGGGCAGAACACACUUAUUGCAUGCGAGUGAAGAUGGAUAGCGUUCCCAAAGGUGAUUGGAUGUGUGAGGAAUGUGCUGUCAGCAGUAAAGAUAAUGAGAACCAAAAGCUAGAGCAAUUAGAGGGAGUUGGGAUUUUAAAAAGAUCUCCAGAAACCAAAGCUUUGGAGGUUGAGGAAAGCAAAGUGUGUAAAGCUAGUUCAAUUCCUUUGUUCUCUUCUAAGAGACCUGCUGACAGCUUACAAUUAGCCAAAAAAAGGCCUUUGGGGACAUUUUUGGAAUCACCUAAUCCAUGUAGUUCCAGCAGAAAAACUUCAAAGCGUCAAUCUGGAGACCACUCUGGUAGCACCACUAAGAAAGCUGUGUGCAUUCCUACAGAAUCAAGUGGUAGAUCACCUAAAUUGUCGUCAGAAGCUCAGGCGUCAAGGGGAGUUCUAUUUAAAUCAAAAUCAUUCUCCGCUACAACCCCAAAAGAGGAUGUCCAACAGCUCAAUAAAGGAGAAAAUAGUCUGCCUCAAUCAUCCAGUCAUGAAAUAUCAAAUAAUUCUUUAAAAAGAUCUGUUCAUCCUGCCCAAGGAGGUUCUGCAAAUGAAGAGAAAAAGAGUGUUGUAAAUGUUAGGCAGCAUGUUGAGUACCCUAUGGAAGUAGUGCCAGUUAUCAGUACUAAGCAUUCAAAUGCCGAAGUCCACUAUGACGAGCAUCCUCGCUUGAGAGAUUCUUCUAGCUUAGCUUCUAAAGCACACGCGACUUGGAUUUCAGCUAUUCCCCAGCCUGAUUAUAUAUGGCAAGGCAAGUUUGAAAUUCAGAGUAGCAGCGGACUUCCAUUUACUUGUGAUGGAAUGCAAGUGCACUUAUCAACUUACGCCUCAGAUAAAGUUCUUGAGCUAGUGCCGAAACUCCCUCAAAAGAUAUCGUUGGAGGAAGCACCCCGAUUGACCAUGUGGCCCACUCAAUUCAUGAGAAGUCGGGCCACUGAAGACAAUGUUGCUCUCUACAUUUUUGCAAAAGAUCAUGAUAGUUAUGAAGGAAGCUAUAAGAACUUGUUGGACAGGAUCAUCAAGAAUGACUUCAGCCUCAAAGGGAAUUUUGGCGCGGUUGAGCUUUUAAUAUUCUCCUCUAACCUUCUUCCAGAAAAAUCUCGGCGUUGGAAUAAGUUGCUGUUUUUAUGGGGUGUAUUAAGAGGAAAGAUGGUUCAUUUUCCACAACAGGUUCCGGUUGUGUCUGCUUCUGAGAAUUUGCUUCCUUUUGGAAAGUCAAGUCAAAAUAUAUCUGCGUCCUCGGCAUCUCAUAACACCCAAGAAAUGUUAAAUGCCGAUACCUUGCUCGACUCAAAGGCAUUUACAUCUGGAAGAAUGGCUGAAGUUUGUGAAACCAAAGCAUCUUGGGAACAAAAACCCCCUGAUUUACAAAUAAGUUGUAGUCAACAAGUGGGCAGAGUUGAUGACCAAAUAAAAAAUGAGCAGUUUUUCGGGGCAGACACAUAUCAGAUAGAAAAAAGAGAGUUGAAAAGAAGACCUGAAAUUGAUCUCAACUGUCCUCUUCAAGAAAGCCUAGAGUAUUCCGCAGGCUGUACAGAAGCUGAUGGAAAGCAUGACGUCAAGAAGAGUUGUCCUAUUAGUGGGACGAACAUAGGUAAUAAUAUCAUUAAAGAUAUAAACGAGAGAGGUGCCAUUGCUACAAAUAUUCAAGAUCCUAGCAGUGGUGAGUUCAAGUGCUAUGGAGUUGACAAUAUGGCGAUAGCUUCUCGAUUAGAUUCAGAGGGUAAUAGGUGGAAGUCCUUGGAGCAGCAAGUUCUUUCGAACAACGGUGGGAGACAACAAGAUCCGUAUGUUUCUUCAAGCCUUGAGCUUAGGCUUAGGGAUGGAAAGAGCUCUUCCCAUGAUGGAAAUGUGCCCCCAUUUUUUAAGCUGGAAGGCGGUUUGCAAGAUGAAUACCGGGGAAGAAAAACAAGUGGUGACACAGAUCCUUCACUUGCUCUGUCCCUUGCAUUGCCUGAUCCGAAUGGCAGCGGAGUAUUGAAACUUGAUUCAGACAGGAAGGUACCCCCAGAGGUGAACACAAGGCUGUCACUUUUUUAGUUUGGCUCAGGUUAUAAUAUAUAGAAUGAUGGUAUGAAAUAAGGAGAUGGUACAGUGAUAGUUUUCUAAGUUAAUUUGGGAGUCGUACACAGAAGCGUCCUCGCCAACUUAGUGACUGAUAUAUUGUGUGUAAUAAAUUGCGGAUAUGUAUAUUUUCAGCUAUUUUCUGAUGACUUACAGAAU